UCCUCGAGUCAAACGGCCACCGGAGGUCGUCGACGACGAAGGAAAAUGCCCGAAGACGGUGGCGGAGCGAAGGGCGUCACGCUCACGGCGAAGGUCUUCGACACUCUGAAAAAACGGACGAAAUUUUCUAGGGCGGAACUUGAGGCGCUCUGCAAGAUCUACUGCAAGCUGAUAACAAGUCCAGGUCAGCACGCGGGGCCGACGACGAUAAUAAACGGAAUGCCUUCAACGGCGCAGACCAUCGAGGGAAUAGACAGGAUUAUAUUUCGGGAAUUGAUGCACAACACUUUCGACAUCCUAACGGAGGACACUCUGAUCGAGCGAAUGUUUUGCUGCUGGGAUCGUGAUAGCGAGGGUGCAAUUCGCCUAGAAGCCUGGAUCCUUGGUCUCGACGUAUUUUUGCGCGGUACUCAAAGAGAGAAGCUAGAGUUCUGCUUCCGGAUUUACGACCUCAACAACGACGGCUACAUCACCAAAGACGAGAUGUUUCAGUUGCUCAAGAAUUGCCUGAUCAAACAACCCAGCGAAGAGGAUCCUGACGAGGGAGUCAGGGAUCUGUCGGAACUAGCUCUUAGGAAGCUGGACGUUGAUCGGGACGGAAAAGUCUCAUUCCAGGACUAUGAAACCGCCAUAAAGGAAGAACCUCUACUUCUCGAAGCCUUCGGCCAAUGUCUACCGACGGAAGAAAACUGUGUCAGUUUUCUGUCGACUCUACAGCCUUGAACUACAACAAGCAUUCGAUGGUGAAAAGUCCUUCAAAUUGAUCGUUCUCGGGGACCGAGAUUCGAUCUGAUUUAAGUGAUCGAAAAGACAAUUUUGGAACACUCUCGAAAAAUUAAACUCAAAAUUUACUAAACUUUUUACGUGUUCGUUGUUCGUAAUGAGUUUCGCACUAAGCCUAUGUAUGUGAGUUCAUUCUAAGAAGGUAAAAUAUAUAUAUGUAUAUGGAUUCAAUUUUUCAAACUUAUAACACUUGGUGUAAGCA